AGUAUUUGUUUUUAGAAUAAAAAAACAGAAUUGUUUUUUCUCCAUAUUUUUUUUUUUUGAAACAAGAAGGAAGAAAUAUAUUACGAAUGCAAUUUCGCUUCGCCUCUUUUCUAUUCGAAUUUCGAAGGGAAAUUAUUCGAAAAGUAUUUUCCUUUUCAACCGAGUCAUAGUUAGCGCCGCCGAUCACCUAUCCGGUACAAAAAUCACGGUGGGCCGAGGUUUUUAUGGCUCCACCGCCUUCUGAUCCGAGCCCCCACGACGUCGUCAGAAGGCAAAAUAAAGGUCCUCAGUUCAAAUUUCUAGUUCCUCUAAUCUAUGCCCCUGUUCUUCCUCUCAUUCGGCUUUCACUCCGGCACAAACCGGUUUUGAGGGAUCGAUUGUUCACGGCAGUCUUGGCUGGAGCUUUCGCGCAUGGAAUGUAUUUGGUAACAGAUAUAUAUGAUGCUGAGAGCAAGUAACUUGGUGGAGUGGAAGCAAGGAUGGGACUGUUUAGAUGAUGGAUAGUCUAGAUGUCUGCAUUUCAGCUCAUUGCAAAGGAAUUAUUCCUGAGAUUUUUGUCAAAUGGAGGCUUCUAGUGUGUCUGAAUAUCCAUGGUCUUUCUAUUCUAAUUUGAACAUUUUUUAUGGAGCAUCACUACUAUGCUCAAUUAAUGUGCCGACAUUAGUGGGAGAUUUAGGGUUCACCUUUUACAUAAUAAUUGUGGAAACCUUGGGUGAAACGAAUGGCACAUUCAUGUUUGGUUUGUGCCUUUUCGAGCUUAUUGUUGAUGCCAGUCCAGCAUGGUGAAUUGACGACUAGCUUCAGCAUUUUGUGUAAUUGACAAUGCUUUUAAAUUUUAAUAAUGAUUUCAUAUGAUAGUC